AUGUUUAAACCAAAUACAUCAUAUGUUACACCAUAUGGUAAAAAUAGUUCAGAGUGUCACUAUUGUUAUCAAUCCGAUAUCGGUAGAAUAUCAUAUGGUAUUGACGCAAAACAAUUGACUGUUGACGACUAUCAGGCGUUGUGUGACACGGGAUGGCGCAGGUCAGGGUCAUACAUCUAUAGACCUGAUAAUGUAAAUGAAAGCACUUGUUGCCCACAGUACACUAUCAGGUUGGAUGUAUGCCGAUUCAAGCAGACUAAAGAUAACAAACAAGUCUAUAAUCGUUUCGAAAACUAUAUUAAAUAUGAUGAUUUACAUGCUAAAUCUGAAAUUAAAUCAACAUCAUCAUCUAGAACAACAACAACAUCGACAUUAACAACAAACACAACUACAACACCAACACCUACAUCUACAACAUCAACAACAACUAAUAAUAAUAAUAAUGAUAUUCUAAAUCAAUUAAAUUUAUAUUUAAAACAAUAUUUUAAUGAUUCAUUGAUUGGAAUUGAUGAACAAUCUAAACAACAUGUAUUGAAUCAUCUGCUGGUGAGAUGCAAUACUCCAAAGUUCCAAAAGUUGGUCGGCGGUGCACAAUAUUCAUGUAGUGUGGCACCUCUAUUAGUACACAAACAGAGAAUAGAAGAAACAUCUUCAAGUUCAUUCGAUAAGUUCAUCGAGAACAGUAUCAUCCAAAGACUAAAAGAACAACCAGAUCUUUCAUCUUUAAUCAAAGAUAUAUUCCUAAAAGAUAAUCAUAUUAAUAUUCAUUUAACAACAACAACAUCAUCAUCAACAACAAAACAAAAGCACUCUAAUAAUAACAAUAGUAAUAGUAUUCCAAAAUCAAUUGAACCAAAACAUAAAUUAGAAAUAACUAUUAGAAGAGCAGAGUAUACAGAGGAAGUAUUCCAAUUGUAUUGUAAAUAUCAACGUAUUGUACAUAAAGAGGUGGAGCCAAAGAAACCAGAGGGAUUCACUCGAUUCCUUGUCGAUAGUCCGUUGGUGUUUGUGCCGUACUCCAAGGAGGGCUACUACAGUAAGAGAGAGAACAGAAUCAUAGAGAUACCAGAAACUGGAUUCGGUUCGUUCCAUCAGUACUACAGAAUCGAUGGUAAGCUUGCUGCUCUCGGUAUCGUCGACAUCCUACCGCACUGUCUCUCCAGUGUCUACAUGCUGUACGAUCCUGACUUCCAGUUUUUAUCGAUCGGCAAACUUACUGCACUCAAAGAGAUCGAAUACAUCCAAAACCAACUAUCGAAACAAGCAUCACAACUACACUACUAUUACAUGGGUUAUUAUAUUCAUUCUUGUCAAAAGAUGCGAUAUAAAGGUAAAUUUAAACCAUCGGAAUUACUUUGUAAUCAAUCUUAUCAGUGGGUGGAUUUGGAGAAAGCAGUAUCUAAGAUCUCAGAUGAGAAACCGUAUAGUGCGUUUGUAGAUGAUGCUCCAACCACUAGUUUCUCUCAACGCUAUCCAAAUGCAGUAGAUUCGAUCAAGAUAUUCGAUGGCAAAGGUCAAGAGUACAGACUUUCGUCUUUUAACGCUUCAUUUGCCAACAGACUCAGAGGUUUACUUACCAAUUAUUUGGAUAAUGUUGGUCCUGGACUUGCCAGUAAUAUAUUUCAUUUAAAAACAUCUAAAUUCUACGUUAAAGGUCAAACUUACUGCUUCAGAGGUAUAAUUGCCAGUGAUAUGGAUAUAUUAAUUAAUUUAAGAAAAAAUUAA